AUGGUGAAGCCAAUAAAGGUUGGAAGAGUCGUGAUUCUCUUAACUGGAAGAUAUGCAGGCAAAAAAGCAGUCAUUGCCAAGCUCUAUGAUGAAGGUACAAAGGAUAGAAAAUUCCCUCACGCUCUGGUCGCAGGAGUAGCCAAAGCUCCACUUUUCAUUACAGAAAAGAUGCACGAAAAGAAAAAGGAAAGGAGAACAAGAGUCAAGGCAUUCGUAAAGUAUGUGAAUUAUCAACACAUCUUACCAACUAGAUAUUUGGUUUCCACCGAUAUUGAUCUCAAAGGUGUCGUCACUGAUGAAAAGAUGGCAAGCGUCAAGUCCAGGAAAGAGCUUCGCAAGGAACUCAGAAAUAUGCUUACCAAGAAAUAUACAUCACAGACUGUUGCAAAGAAAGCAGAAAAAGGAGCCAGCCAACAUACUAAGUUCUUGUUCAGCAAGCUUAGAUUCUAA